GUUGGUUGGCUCAGUUCUCAUUCAAAUCGCUCACGGUGCGGGAUACGAAAGUUAAUGCGGGCGGACGCGGUUUCACCUUUUUUUUGUGGCCAUACCCUCCAAUAACCACUCGUCGCUCUCGUCUCGAAUAAUUGUAAUUGUCCUCCGUCGUACAGCAAAACAGUGUGAAUCUCUGUGAAAAUGGUACAUGCAAUUAUGUGAGGCGGUAUGAUUGAUUUUUGUUUUUGUACACUCAACAUGAAUUGAGAAUUUAAUCUCCAGUGGUAUGUUGUGAUCAGUCCCAGUGAAUUGUUAUGUUUACCGCCAUCUUGAAUCUUAACUAUGGUUUACUGAAGAAAGUGUUGAUGUUUCUUCGCAUACAUACGAAUACCCAAGUGUAUCUAAUUCCCUUUAGUGGUUGGUUUUACAAAAUUAUGGUGAUACAGAAGAAAUAACAUAAAUUUUAGUGUUUUUUUUUGCAAUUCUGCGGGUUGAGUGUCGAGCAGCUUUGCCAUCCAUAACCCAAGGCAGUGGAGAUUAUGAAAUUCUUCAGAGAAACCGAAAAGGAAAUCCACUAUUGUAUUCACUGAGAGGGAGGUUAUCGAUUUUCUGACACUUUUCAACGAGGGAGCAAAAGAAAAUACGUGAAUGAAUAACACCUCUGCGUAAAGAAGGGAAACCUCGGGACCCAAAUGUUGUGUGAAGUAUGCAGUGUGUUGACUUGUAUUGGUCUCGAAAUAACAGAAAAUAUAAACUGUUUGUGUCGACGGAUGGGUCGUAAAACAAAGUGAAUUAAGUGCGAGGUAGAAAACAAAAUUAUUUUCGGCUUUUCUACCGAGCUCAUAAAGAUAGAAGCCCAACGGAGUACCGCAUGCUAGCGGAUCGCGUGCAAGUGCCUUUUGUAGUCGUUUUCGGAGCUGCAGAUCAAGAUUAUCUAAUGCUGGAUUGGCUUGAAAUACGUGAGGUUUUGUGAAGAAUCUUCGUUUCACAUCUCCCUGCGGCGGCGGUGAUAAUCUUCCAACCAGCAACGAAAAAAUCGAUAAGAACAAUCCAUCUUAAGUGAGGAAAAGCAAAGUGAAGAGGGUUGGGAUAUUCCCGAUAUCUGCUUGUGUAACUGAACGGAGAAUGUAUAUUUCUUCAGCUACAACUGCAGUGUAUUGAUCCUUGGACAAAUAUUGCAAUGGCAUGUGCAUCUGCAAUGUGCAUUGCGGCUACAAAUAUAUCUGAUUAUGUGCAGCGCUAAACUCGAAGAAAGGAAGUGACGAAAAGGGGAAGCGAAAUUCGAAAAGUGUGCUGUGCUGCUGACCGGAUGAUGGUGAAAAUGGGCGCAAUCCAUAGGCUAUGGUGGUGUUGUUCAGAAAAAGUUAUUUUAUCGUAGAUUACAGAAGUUUUUAAAUAAGUGGAAAAUGAAGUGCUGAACGAAAAGUCAGGAGAGAAGUGAAUUAAUUCGAUAAAAGAAAGAUAAAUAAAGAAAAGCAAUGAUGGAAUUAUAAAAUAUGCGUCCAUUCGCUGGCCCAAAGCAAUUUCUAGACAACUGCAUCAACAUCUACAACUGAAAAUGGAACGUGGUGGAGAUACGAGAGCUACAUCCAGCCAUCAGAUGUCACGAAUCGAGGAUUACAGCAACGUGAGCACUUCCAUGCAAAACUUGUCGCAGGACGAGCCUGAUAAUCUAAGGAAAAGCAUGAUGUCAAUCCAGGAGGAGCUCGACCAGAUGGGCAUAAAGAACGACCAGCCGCCAGCUUACUCGCAGGCGAUUGCCGGUGACGACGCCAACAACACAGACAGCAGCGUCGACAACAAUGUGUGCCAGAAUGGGUGGCCAGCUAUGCCAGGAGGUGUUCCGGGUGUGGCCAAUAAACCAGCCGGCUGGAUGGAUGGUUUAUUCGGCUGCAUGCGACCGGUGCUGUCACUAAUUGGCAAAAGUCACAUUAUGGAGAUGAAGAGCAAACAGACUGAUGACUGGGAAAUACCCUUCGAAACUAUCACCGAUCUGUUGUGGCUCGGAAGCGGUGCCCAAGGAGCCGUCUUCCGGGGUACGCUUCGGAACGAGCUGGUCGCGGUUAAGAAGGUUCGUGACGUCAAAGAAACCGACAUCAAACACCUUCGAAAACUGGACCAUGAGAACAUUGUAAAAUUCAAGGGCGUAUGUACCCAGGCGCCAGUAUUUUGUAUAAUCAUGGAAUUCUGCCCGUUCGGACCGUUGCAUCAAAUUCUGGCGGACGGGGGCGACAUAAUCUCGCCGAACCGAUUGGUGUCCUGGUCCCAGCAGAUCGCCCACGGAAUGCAGUACCUCCACUCGCACAAGAUCAUCCAUCGGGAUCUCAAGAGCCCUAACAUUCUGAUCGGCGAGGGAGAGGUGAUCAAAAUUAGCGACUUUGGAACGUCGCGUGAGUGGAAUGAAAUCAGUACAAAAAUGAGCUUCGCCGGAACGGUGGCAUGGAUGGCACCGGAGGUGAUCCGAAACGAACCCUGCAACGAGAAGGUCGACAUCUGGUCCUACGGUGUGGUGCUGUGGGAACUGCUGACCGGCGAAGUGCCAUACAAAAACGUAGACUCGUCCCAGAUCAUAUUCGGUGUGGGCAACAACUCGCUCUACCUGCCCAUCCCGGCGAGCUGUCCGGAGGGUUUUAUGUUGCUGAUCAAACAGUGCUGGAGUCCGAAGCCAAGAAACAGGCCGUCGUUCAAAAUCAUACUCACACAUCUGGAGAUAGCGGGUAACGAGCUGUUACGUCAGUGCGCCGAAGAGCAAGGAUACUAUGAAACGCAGAAAUCGUGGCGGGAAGAGAUCCGCAGUCACAUGCAGAAACUGACCACUAAUGGGAUGAAUAUACAAAGGUACGAGCAAGAGUUGAUCAAGAAACGAAAAGACGAGUGGAAACACGCACAGGAUAUCAGGAUGAUAUACGAGAGGAAACUUGAACGAACGAACACGAUGUAUAUGCAACUGAGUGCAAUUUUCGUUCAGUUGGAGCAGAAAGAACGAGAAAUAGCAGAGCGCGAGAAGCAGCUACCCGGUUACAAGCCUCGCAAGUGUGGAAACCUGCUCAAGCGAAGUGGCGAUAAGACAAACCGAAAGCGUGCCCCACUCAACUUUACUGCUGCGGUGUUAACCGCCAAUCAACAACAACAACAACAACAACAACAGCAGCAGCAGCAGUUUGCGACACCUUCAGGUGCGCAGUUCGUUCCUGGCGAAUCCACGACACCCAGUCCCACAUCCGUUCUGAACAGCCCAGCAAAAGCCACCCUAUAUGCUCAACUAGAUGGUACAACUCAGAAUCCCAAAUCGGUGGUCAUUAUUCCUCCGGGAAUGGCCGCUUCCGGUUCGACAUCUUCCGGACGGACAAAAAAAUUUCGACACAGACGGGUUGGUUCAGGAACGUUCAACUCACCGAAAUCUAGCCCUAGCAGAGAUCGCCGUGUGCAGAGCGAACCCGAAACUAGGCACGUAAAACUAGUGGACACAGAAACGCAAACCGACGCGAUGGAUAUCAGCGAAACAGACGCUAGCCCCAGUCCAAAUUUAGCUUCAAAACGAAUGUCGACAAGUUUGCGAGAAGAGGAGGAAGAAGAGAAAGAGCAACGGGAUGGGAUCCCGGAAUUGGCGACCCAGUCGCAAGGGUAUAGGUGUGGUAAACCACAAUCGGAAGACGACGGAGAAGUGCCUGAAGACGAGGAGAAUGGAAACUCCCUGUCUACAAUGACAAACAGCCGAAGCAGUGAUAUGCUAACGAGUAGCGCUCACCAGCAGCAAUUGAGCGACCAAAAUGAGGAGGACGAGGAUGAGCGGGCCUGUUCGAGCCCGGACCCAAUCAUGGACGCAAUGAACAGCAACGAGAGGCUGGACCGUGACUGCAGCGAUGAUGACAAGAUCGACACCCUGGAUCGCAAAGUGAGCUUUAUUUCGGAGAAACUGCAACAGCAGAGCGUUGUUGCAAAUCACGUCCAGCAACUCACGGACUAUAGCAAUAUUCUCAACGAUAACAACGUCAUUGUGUACCGGUGCAACAAAAAGUUGAACGGAAGCGUCGGGAAGGGAAGCAAGCGGGCGGAGAGUGCGAUCUUGAUGAAGCAUCCCACGGCGGGAAACAAUUUGAACGCCGGUGGAAAUGCCGUUGGUGCCUAUGUUUACAGCGGGAAUGGAGCGAUGGGCGAUGAAUCUCCACACCAUCUGCCGAGGCAGACGAUUCAGGACAAGGAGCUGUGCAACGACAGUUGGACAGACGAAGAGGGCGAGGAUCCAAUCGAACUGUACAAUUAUACGUUGCGACGAAAGAGCAUCGGACGCCUCCCAAUCAAACGUGGGCGACGCUGUAAAUUCCCAUCCGGAUCGCCAUCUUCGGCGAGUGCCGCCAACACCCAGUGCUAUCCACCAGGUUCCCCAUCCGCGAAUGUACCCGCUGCUGCUGCCAUUGGUGGAACCCUUCCGGCCUCUCCUGGUAUUGCUUGUGCGUCUUCCGUCGGUACCCACGCGAAGCAACACUCGAAUGUGACCAUUUCGGAUGAGGAGAACACCUCCGAGUACAGUCAUGCCCCUUCAAGUCAGCGGUCUACGCUGGAGAGUAAUCCGGAGCUACCGGCCGCUAUCAAGCGCCACCACCAUCAUGAACGAAUUAAGCAAAUAAUGCAAAAAAGCACCACCUCAGCCAAGGACACCGAUGACGACGAUGAUGAUGAUGACGACAUUGAAGUCGACUCCCCGAACGAUUCUAGUGACUCUAGCUCAGAUGAAGACAAUAACGCUGUCAAGAGGGAAAAACGUGGCCCUAGCAAAGAUGAAGAGAAUGGUAACAGUUAUUAGGUGUUACACACACGAACCGUUUGAAAAGGAAAAAAAGAGCGUGAUUAAUGCGAGAUCUUGAGAGAAACUGUGUUGAGAUUAGUUUAUUUUUCUUCUUUUUGGUACUCGUGGAGCAAUAGUAUGUUUAAGAAACGCGUUUAGUUUUGUUUUCUUUUUUGUUCAAUGUUCGCUAGAUUUAAGUUGUACAUUCCGGAUUCGUUCCAAAGGUACGAACUCUACGAUCCAUUCCGUUUCAGCAUUGCGAGAAAAGACUUUAAUAUAUAAUAAGCGAUAUUACAUUAUAAUAUUAACUACAAUAUAUUAUUAAUGUAAGCAAAGAGUAAUUUAGGAUAAGGGUCAAAACUGAGCAGGAAUUACCUUUAAAUUAAUAAAUCGAACUUAAUUUAAACCCGUAGCGUUAAGAAAGCAUAAGUUGUAAACAAGACACUGUAAAAAUUUCUCCGGUAAAAUCUUUUCCCAUUGUGUAAAUUAUUAUUUUUACAACUCUGAGUUUACAAAAGUGAUAAUUGGAAUAGAAUCGUGAUUUUGUGUAUUUGUGUAUGUGUGGAUAGGAGCGUGUAAAUGAAGUAAAACGUGAGAUAUAGCAAUAAAUUAUUGCAAAUAGGAGAAACUUAAAUAAUCAUAACGAACUUCGUCCAAUACUGUAAUUUAAAUCGGAACAUAUUUUCCUUUACCCGUUUGCCCCACUUUGCUUAGUUCCAAAUAGUUCUGUCAUUACGUUUUCUUUAGUACUGCCUGACCGAAAUACGGACCCAUGAUUGUGGUCGUAUCGAUACAAAUUGCAACAAAAAGUAUAAUCAUUCUAGAUGCCGUCGCCUUAACUAUUUGUAGUCAAUGGAAUAGAAACACUCACCCGCAGGAGAGUCGAUACAAUUUGAAACUGUACCUGCUUAGAUGUCGAUAUAAUACGAAAAAAAAUCUUAACUCUCCCCCAGCUUUGAAUCAGUUUUCUGAUUUUCGGAACGAGUAUGAAUACACUAGCGAAAGAUAGCUUUUGUAUGUCGAGUAAAAAUUAGAAGACUAUUUUUGGAACAGUAUUUUUUACGUUGCCACUUUUUUUGCGUGCAAUUAGUAGCCUCUUGAGACAAAAGAAAUACGAUGAUUUAUACACGAUUGAAACGAACUCAGUACUUGUUGAUCAUAUUCUUUAAUUGCGAAAAAAAGGAGACACAUACAAACUGUUCUGAUGCUUGCGAAAUAGCUAUUUGACAUUUGAAAACUAUUACUGUUAAAAUCAUAAACACUUAAACGAUAACAAAAUUAAGUACUCUCUACUUCCUGCAAACAUAAUUGGAUGAGAAACAUGAAAAGGACCGCCUAAUGAUAACUAAUUUUACUGCUUCUGGCGUUAUAGAGAUCUUAAAAGUUGAAGAUGCCACUGCUGUAAGAAAUCACACCUAACGAAAAAUCUGUUCAACAAACAAUAUUCUAAGACAGCGAAUGUGAGAAAAUGUCACUGUUUGUGCUACAUGUAACCGUAUGAAACUGGCACUUACUAGGAAGGGGUAAAAACGGAUCCUGGAAAAUAAAUUAAUCGA